AUGCAGACAAAUCCUGAACGAGCAGAUCAUCUCCGAAAAGGAUCAAGUGUUUCACCUUUGGAGUCCCUUAUUGCCGGUUCGUUAUCUGGCGCAGUCGCAAGAGCAGUAACAGCUCCCCUUGAUACUAUUAAAAUACGAUUUCAACUCCUGCUGCUUCGCGAUGAUGGAGUAACUGGAAUAGACCUAGUAAAGAAUCUUCUAAAGAAAGAGGGCUUCACCGCACUUUGGAAAGGAAACGUUCCCGCAGAGGCUCUAUAUAUAAUAUAUGGAGCAUCGCAGUUCACAACCUAUACUAUUUUGAAUAAGUGUUUCUCGGAUUUACAGAAUCAACGCAAGUUUUCAUUGAGCCAGCUGUCGCAUCUGCUUCUUGUGGGAAGUGGUACAGGGAUGGUCAGUACGUUUAUCACGUAUCCUUUUGACUUAUUGAGAACUCGCCUCGUGGCGCAUGAGUCCAGAGUUUUACUCUCAAUGACGGAUACUUGCAAGGAUAUUUAUCUCAAAAAUGGACUAAAGGGUUUUUUUGUGGGUAUUCAACCCACCCUUCUUUCGGUAACAGCCAGUUCCGGGCUAUUCUUCUGGUCGUACUCUUUGGCUAGAGAUGCGGUGGAUAGAAUAAACAACUUGUCGCCUGGUAAAAUAAGAGGUGUCGAGGCCAGUUGCGGAUUCAUAGCUGGUGUAACAGCGAAAGCAAUCACAUUUCCUCUAGACACUAUACGUAAACGCAUGCAAGUCUCUCUGUCGGGAACAGCUCACAGAAUAUUUGUGGAACACUGGCGCUCUUACGGUUUCGCAAAUUUCUACAGGGGAUUCCUUGUGAGUCUUCUCAAAACCGCACCGACGAGUGCCAUCUCGGUUGCAAUAUACGAGUAUUCCAUCUCCACGAUACGAGCAUUAUCUUCGCGUUUUUAA